UCCUUCACGGGACGUCUCCGGGGUCCAAGAAGUCAAACACAGAUCCGACUACGAAGCUCACGAAAUGGGCACCCCUUUCUUGUUACAGAAGUCACGACGAGGACCCCGGAAUGAAUCCCGACGCGACUUUUACUCGUUUUCUCUUGGACGUUUCCGCAAACACAAUCGCUCUUAAAGAAGCCCAGCCACUCACCGCUCGCAGGCCGGAGCUUCAGCAUUAGCUCGCCUCCCCAUCAUGGCGACCUCAGCCUCAGGCCUCCACGAACCCGACGCUGCCGACUAUGGCUACACCAGCAAGAUGAUGCUCGCAGCAGUGGUGUGCCUCUUCACCGUCAUCUUCCUGCUCAUCUUUUUGCAUCUCUACGCGAAGUGGCUCGUGAGGAGGAGGAGGAGAAGAGAGCGCGAUAUUCUUGCACUCUGGCACACGCUGGGUCCGCCGGACGUCGUCCAUGGCGCCUUCGCCGGUACCAACAUGGCCAAAGCUGGUCUGGAUUCCGCAGUCCUGGAUUUGAUUCCCGUGUUCUCGUACAAAUCCGACGACCACCAAGAAGGGUUGGAGUGUGCGGUUUGUCUCAGUCCGUUUGAGGACGAAGAGAAAGGAAGGGAGCUGCCACCAUGUCGGCACUGUUUCCACGUCCAGUGCAUCGAUUCUUGGCUGCAUUUGCACUCCAACUGCCCGGUCUGCAGAGCCAUUGUCGAUGUUGCUGAUGAGGUGAAGAUUGGACUAGAGUCGCAGAUUGGCUCCGGGAAUGUCGGGGAGGAGGAAGCGCGGACGGCGGAGACCGAGGCCGGCGCGGGGUCGAGAAGCGGCGAAGCAGGGGAAGUGCGGGCGGAGGUGGGUGAGUCCGGCGAGGUUUCAGGUCUCGCCGGACCGUCGGAAGUAAGGGUGGAUAUUGAAACCGGUUCGCGGCCGGAAGAGGGGUCCUCUGUGGUGCAGGCUGGCACCGGUUGCUCAUUUGGGUCGUUGAAGAGGAUGCUUAGUAAGAACAGAGUGGAGAAGAAGGUCUUGAGUUCGAAUCGAGCCAGUUGUGUGGAAGAAGUAGAGAAGGUUUGAAUUGGGCAGGGUAUGAUUAUUUUCUCCUCUGUAUAGAAGUUUUCAUACAAACAUGAGAUUAUGGUUCUUUCUUUGUA